GCCUGCUUGAUGAUCCUCCUCGGCCGUUUACUCAAAUUGGUUUAUGAUCGUCUCACCCGCACUCAGCUUCGUGGAGGCGCCGUGAGCUUGCAUCGUGACGAUUUUCGCAUGGCACAGCGCGGCAGGAAGAAAAAGCAACGUUGGACAACGCUCCAACAAGCUCCACUGUAUAUUCGCAUUUUCCCCACGACCCCUUCUAGCGACGUGCAGUCGCAGUCUGUUGAUCAAAAAAAAUACAGUGACCUUUCUUGGGUGAGGGAAACAUGGGUCGUCGCAGAAAUGACCGGCUUAUCGCUGUCUGCAUGUCCGAAGGAAUGUUUAGAGUCGUCCGUUUCGGGAGGACCCUACUUACCUGACUGUCAUCGGCACACGCGUUCCGGUCGUGCUGGGGGACGACGUGCCAGGACCGGAGGCACCUAUGGCAAAAUAUGGGGCAGCCCUGACACCCUUUUUGGUCGUCGUCCCGUGCUGCACUCACUCCACGGCAUGAAAUCUGACUGCAUUUUACGUUAUGCAAAGGCGGAGGAAACAGACUUGUGCGGUGGCCUUUGUUGGAAUCUCUGCUUCAAAACAAAUAGCGCAAUUGCCCCUGGAGCAUGGUAUGUCAUCGCCACAAGUACUUUGUGGUCUGCUGCACUCAUGCCCAUCCCUAGGCAGUAGCUUGGGUGAACAAAACAGCU